CUUUUUCUUAUCUAGAGGUGCACCAGUGACUGGCUGACAUGGUGGGUUGAUAGAUUAAAUAAUCUAAACUGCCAGAUUCAGGAACCUACCGAUAUCCACAAUGCAUGAGUAUUGGUCAAGCGUGGCGGAGCACCAUACAUGUAGACUAAAUUGUGUGUGUAUGGUCAGCUUUAUAUCUAGCCUAAACAAUAUACAACCUCCUUAUAAUUUAACAAUGACUGAUAUAGUAAAGUAUUUCUGUACAAAUACAGCAGGGAUAUUAACAGCCUUUUAUUCAUCCUCUUCAGGUCCCUCAUAUAUCGGAGCAUAUUCAGGAUGUGGCAAGCCCACAACAAACCGUAUUGUGGGUGGCCAGAACACUGUGCCGGGAGAGUUUCCUUGGCAGUUGAGUUUGAGGAAGCAAGGGAUGCAUAUCUGUGGGAGUUCUCUGAUCGAUAGCCAGUGGGCCAUCAGUGCUGCUCAUUGUUUUGCAAGGCCCAUCUUCCUCUCAGAUUACAAAGUGAAUCUUGGUGCAUACCAACUCUCAGUGCCUUCUGGGAUUUUUGUGGAUGUGGCUGCUGUUUACAUUCACCCCACAUUUAGGGGUCCCAGUUCAAGUGGAGAUAUCGCUUUAAUCAAGCUAGCAAAUCCUGUGCCAUUUACGGACUAUAUCAUUCCUGUUUGUAUUCCAACCCCAAAUGUUUUCUUUCCCAAUGGAAUGAAUUGCGUUGUAACUGGAUGGGGCACCAUCAGCCAACAAGUGAGUCUUCCAUAUCCACGGACUUUACAAAAGGUCCAGGUUCCUAUUAUAGGUCGUGCUCCCUGUGAUCAAAUGUACCACAUUGACAAUCCUUCCCUGUCAGCCUCUCAGAGCAUAAUACUGUGGGAUAUGAUCUGUGCAGGAUACAAGACUGGCAAGAAGGAUUCAUGUCAGGGUGAUUCUGGAGGUCCCCUUGUUUGCCAUUGGAAUGGGUCAUGGCUUCUCGCUGGAAUAGUGAGCUGGGGCUUUGGCUGUGCUCUCCCAAACAGGCCAGGUGUCUACACCAGCGUCACCACAUAUUCCACGUGGAUUAAGGCAUACAUUCCCAGUCUCCAGCUAACACAAGCACAAAUCCCAGUGCCUUACAACAGGGGGUAAUUGCCUUUGUCCUUGGGAAUCCUCAUCUACUCACUGCUACUGUACCAACUUCUGUAAUGUCAUCUGAGCUAAUGUCUUCAUUACUGGGACUUUGCUUCUUCUGUUUAUCUUUUGGAAUUCUUAAUGCAAUUUGAAUUUGAAUGUGAAUGUGCAACCCCCCACAAAAUUUCACAUUUAAUUGUUGCUUACUGGCAAAACUGGUCAACUUUAAUUUUGCCCAUAGCAUCCAAUCAGCAAUUACAUUUAAUUGGUCUACUAUGAAUUAGAAAAUUAAAGCAUAGAUCUUAUUGGUUGAUAUGAGCAACCAAACUGGUGUCAUUGAGCACCUAUCUAUAUAUAAAGUGAAUAUAAAAUAUUCCUGACACCAUAAAAUGAGGCAGUGAAUUUCUAUUGCCACUAAUGCUUUAACUUGUUCCUCUGACUAAUUAGGGGUCAUACGAUUUAUAUGAUAAAUCACAUACUAGCAUUACUAUGCCAUUCUAUUGUU